CAGUUAUGUUCUACAUAAUGAACAAAUAUAUUUAUAUAUUUAUUCUUAUACGAACCUUAGUUACUCAUCAGGAAACCAUGGUAAUCAAGAAUAAUUCAUUGGAUAUUGAAAAUAGUAAUUGGACUUUUAUGGAGAAAUCUUUUCAUUCAUUGCAGCCAUUGAUCAAAACAGAAAACAUCUCAAAUAUUGAAGAUCCAGAAAUGCAAACCUUUGAAAUAAAGGAUCCAAGCAUGCCAAGUGUUGAAUUGCAAAUUCCGGACAUGCCAGUUGUUGAAUUGCAGAAUGCAAGCAUGCCAAUUGUUGAAUUGCAAUAUAAUGAGCUGGAACAGAAGAACAACGCAACAAAGUUACCACCCACCCAUCCACUCAAAUAUCAGCCAAUUUCUCUCAUCAAAUAUAUGAAGUCGUCCCAGAACCAACUACCAGAACCCAGCGGGAAUUCAGUCCCUGUACCCAGAAAAAUAUAUUACCCAGAAACCAAAAAUAAUAAUUACCCAUCAGAGCAAAUGACGACAACAUGCUCAUCUGUCACUUCAUCUCCUACUUUGUCUUAUCCUACGUCUACUCUAUCAACUACUGUUUCUUUUUCCCUCUCCACUUCUCCUUGUACUUCAACCACUCUGUUCACUUCUACAAUCACAACAAAUUCUACUCAACCAUCCACUACGUCAUGUACUUCUACUACCACUUGUUCUUCUACAACAAUCUCAACUACAUCUCCUUCACCUUACCAAUCUACUACGGCUUGCAUCUCUACUUCCACUUGGUCUUCUUCAAUACCUUCGACUACUCUUUCUCCACCCCUUCCUUCUACUACACCAUGCACUUCUACUACUAAAUGUUCUUCUUCAACACCAUCAAACACAUCUCCUGCACCUUUUCCUUCCACUACUCCUCCUACUUCUACUUCCACUGGUUCUUCUUCAAUUACUCCAAUUUCCAUUUUUUCAUCUCCUCCUUCCACUUCUCCUUGUACAACUUGUUCUUCUUUAACAAGUAUUCUAUUAACUUCUAUUUCUUUAACUCCUCAAUCAACUACUCCCUGCCCUACCACCACAACUUGGUCUUCUUCCACUCUUCCAACUACUAUUUCUUCCCCUUCUCCAUCCACUACUCCUUGCACUACCACCACAACUUGGUCUUCUUCCACUCUUCCAACUACUAUUUCUUCCCCUCCUCCAUCCACUACUCCUUGCACUACCACCACGACUUGGUCUUCUUUCACUCUUUCAAGUACUAUUUCUUCCCCUCCUCCAUCCACUACUCCAUGCACUUCAACUCCAACAUGUUGUUCUUCCACUCUUUCAAGUACUAUUUCUUCCCCUCCUCCAUCCACUACUCCAUGCACUUCAACUCCAACAUGUUGUUCUUCCAAUCUUCCAACUACUAUUUCUUCCCCUCCUCCAUCCACAACUCCAUGCACUACUACUACAGCAUGUUCUUCUCUAAAUCUUCCAACUACUAUUUCUUCCCCUCCUCCAUCCACUACUCCUUGCACUUCAACUACAACAUGUCCUCCUUCACUCCCUUCAACGACUUCAACUAUUAUACUUCCACGUCCGCUAUUAACUACUCAUUGCACUUCAACUACAUUUUCCACGUCACCCCCUUCAACGACUUCAACUGCUUUUUCUUCAAAACUACCGUCAACUCCUCCAUCCCCUCCUACGUCUACCUUUUCAGCCUCUCCUCAUUCUAGUUCCUCCACUCUUUCAUCAACUUCCUCAUUCAGCCCUUUACCAUUUUCUUCGUUUAAUUAUCCAGGAAUUCCUUCUACUAUUUCUUCAUAUUCUUCUUCUUCAACUUCUCCUCCAUAUUUAUUUUCAUCAUUAAUUCAUGUUACUAGUUCUCCUGUAUCUAAUGAAUAUAUUACUAGUUCUCCUGUAUCUACAGGAUAUGUUACUAGUUCUCCUGUAUCUAAUGGAUACAUUACUAGUGCUCCUGUAUCUAAUGGAUAUAUUACUAGUCCUCCUAUAUCUACAGGAUAUGUUAGAUAUGUUACUAGUUCUCCUGUAUCUACAGGAUAUGUUACUAGUUCUCCUGUUUCUACAGGAUAUGUUACUAGUUCAACAGGAUAUUUUACUAGUUCUCCUGUAUCUAUAGGAUAUGUCACUAGUUCUCAUAGUUCUGCAGAAUAUGUUACUAGUUCUCCUGUAUCUACAGGAUAUGUUACUAGUUCUCCUGUAUCUAAUGGAUACAUUACUAGUUCUCCUGUAUCUACAGGAUAUGUUACUAGUUCUCCUGUAUCUAAUGGAUUUAUUACUAGUUCUCCUGUAUCUACAGUAUAUGUUACUGGUUCUCCUGUAUCUAUAGGUUAUGUUUCUAGUUCUUUUGUAUCUACAGGAUAUGUUACUAGUUCUCCUGUAUCUAAUGGAUAUAUUACUAGUUCUCCUGUAUCUACAGGAUAUGUUACUAGUUCUCCUGUAUCUACAGGAUAUGUUACUAGUUCUCCUGUAUCUAAUGGAUAUAUUACUAGUCCUCCUAUAUCUACAGGAUAUGUUUCUAGUUCUCCUGUAUCUACAGGAUAUGUUACUAGUUCUCCUGUAUCUACAGGAUAUGUUACUAGUUCUCUUGUAUCUAUAGGAUAUGUUACUAGUUCUCCUAUAUCUACAGGAUAUGUUACUAGUUCUCCUGUAUCUAAUGGAUAUAUUACUAGUUCUCCUGUAUCUAUAGGAUAUAUUACUAGUUCUCCUGUAUCUACAGGCCAUAUUACUAGUUCUCCUGUAUCUACUGGAUAUAUUACUAGUUCUCCUGUAUCUACAGGAUAUGUUAACCAGUUCUCCUAGUUGUACAGGAUAUGUUACUUGUUCUUUAAUGCAAGAAUCUCCCGAAUCGGCCCUAAUGGGAUGCCAAAUUUUUUGAGAAACCAAAAGAAAAGAGUAUUUAAUUUUGUAAACUUGUACAAUUAAAGUUCGAUAUAUUUAAACAGCUUAAUAAAGAAUAUUACCUGCAAUUAAUUUGCGCCGUGUUGUGUAUCUGAAAUAUUUCAUUAAUAAAGAUGAAAAAUCUA